CUCUCUUUUCCUCUCUCCUUUCUCUUUCUCCUAUCUCCAUCUGAUUGUCUGUCUCUCUUCCUUUUCAGCUCAUUCCUCCUCUCGCUGAAGUUGGCACUCAUUCCUUGAGUGAGCCCCCAUCUCGGUGGGCGGGGCUGGGAGCCCUGAGCCAGCCCUCACAGUGGGUACAGCCUGCUAGGAAUGAUGCCCGGGCUUCAUCUUGGGGGCAUUUGCCCGGGGUGUGAGCAGGAGGCCGGAAUCUUCCCAGAGCCUCCGAUCGCUCGGUUUGGGCAGUGGCUUCUCCCCUCCCCUCGUUCCCCCCUCCCCACCAGAAGCAGCAGGGCAGCUGCCCCUUUGAGGGUGCGGGGGGAGCACUGGCAGAGAGAAACCGCUCCAAGGCAGGCAUGGGCAAUCCUUGCUGUCUUGCAGAAGCAACAGACUUGUGUCAUUAUGUGUAUUUCGAAGGCUACCUAAUGUAAGGUGACUAUGCCAUGCAGCAGCUUCCAGAAAUCAGCAUCACCUAGAGACUUCUUUUCCCUCACUUUACCUCUGUCAGUCAGUCAGUCAGUCAGUCAACCAAUCACUUCAGCAGGCCAACAUCCCCUUUUCAGGACCCCGCAAACAUGGACUCUGCUUCUGAACUAUGGAGCUGGCCAUUCAGGAGCUGAGGCAAGGGGGAGGCUGGGCACUGAAAAGAAAAAUAUCUGACAUUAAGGCGAACGUUUGCAUCCUGGACAAGGGGGAAGAUCAGUGGAACAAGACUGUCUGGUAUUAAAUCGGACAAAUGGCCACCUCGGGGACCGGACGGAGCCAGAUUUGUGGGAAGCCUUGUGCCGGGGGUCGUGCCUGCCUCCAAACAUCACCGCGGCGCCCAGGACACCCCCUCUGGGGUUAGCCGCCCUGCUUCUCUCCUAGUCCUACCAUUUCCAUCAUCUGCAGGUUCCGAGCCAUCUAGGAGGGUGGCUCCAGUGCCAGCCCGACCAAUGAGUGAGCCCUGCCCGGGUGAGAGAUGGGGAGAUGCCUCAGGGCUCGACGAAGAUGGGCAGGAGCCGAGGCGCAGGCCGCCCAACGGGCUCUGGGCCGGGGAAGGUUCUCUGCGCCAUUGGGGCCGCAGGACUGACGGGCCUGGGAAUAGGAGCUGGGCCGGGCCCUGCGGCUCAGGCACCCGGAGAGGAAAGAGGAGCUCUGCCAAAUGGCCAGCUUCUUCCCCUCUUGCUGCAUGCCCACAGAACCCUCCCAGCUGCCCGUGGCCCUCCGAACCCAGGGGGAGGCAGGAAAAUGGCAGAAAUGCAGCCAGAGAGGGGCAAACCACACUGGCCGUGAACCACCCUCCUGUUCCAAUCCACACAUCCCAGGCAAGGGCCUCUGGGAGCCCUGGCGCCUGGGGAUUCUUCAGUCUGCUCAGGAGCAGCUGCUGCUGCCCCGGCCACCUCUGCGCCCAGGCUCCUCCUCCUCCUCCUGCAGAGGGGACCCUGACCCGGGGGUGGGGGAAGCUGGGAGGGAAGCGGCAGCGGGAUGUUAGUGGGUUUUCUCUUUGGCUUUCCAUUGGAGAGAUCCCUGCGGGAGGGGGCUCCUCCUCCCGCCCCAUGCCCUGCCCCCUCCACUCCAGUUUGAAAGCCUCUAGAGGGAGAGAAGUGGCAGGCAGUCACAGCAUCCUCCGGAGGGGGACACCGAGGCUGGGCCAAGCACGGGGGCUGCUGUCUGUGGGGGCCCCUGGGGCCGAGACCGUCUACCGGCAGGACCCGGUCAGGCACUGGGGAGGAAAUUGGCCCCAAGCUCCCGGGACAGAGGGAAACUGUGCUCUGCAAGCUGGGGAGAACCCCGGAGGCUGCUCUCACUGAAGAGUCCAGAGCAGGCAAGGAUAGGCAGCCGCUGCGGCCCAGAGCGGGCAGGAGUGCGGGGCAAGGGUCACGAGUCGCCCGCUCGCCCGGGGCCUCCCCGUCUUCUUGCGUCGCCAGGCCCCUCGGCACGAUGCUGCUUGAGCUGCCCAUUCUCGUAGCCCUGGGGCUCCUGCAGCUUCCCCCCAGCCACGGGCAGGGCUGUCUGAGCAAGCGCCAGUUGCUGACCGCCAUCCGGCAGAUGCAGAAGCUGCUGUCCACACAGGAAGCCGCCCAGCUCCAGGCCGUGCGCAACCUGAAGAAGCAGCUCACUGCCCUGCAGAGCAGCGUCCACAAACAGGCCACCCACAGCAACGAAAGCUGUCCCCACCUUGCCGGGCCGGCGAAUGGCAGGAGGUUGGGGAAGAAGAUGACCGCGGGGCAUGAGGUGCACUUCCUGUGUGAUGCCGGCUUCCGACUGGUCGGCUCCGAGUCCCGGCAGUGCCAGGACAACGGGUCGUGGAGUGGGCACCAGCCCUUCUGCAAGAGUAUUGACGACUGUGCCAGCCAGCCCUGUGCCAACGGGGGCACCUGUGUGGACCACGUGCAGCGCUACACCUGCCUCUGCCUCAGAGGCUGGACUGGGGGCGACUGUCGGAGCCCAGAUCCUUCCUACUGGGUGAGCCUGAACAACUCCUCCUUCAGCCGCCAGCCCCGCUGCGCCGAGAACGGGCAGGGCGCGCGCCAGUGCAGCUGCGAUGCCGGCUUCCAGAUGCGGCCCGGCGGGCUCUGCCAAGAUGUAGACGAGUGCCAGCUGUUCCAGCUGAACCAUCAGACCCGCAUCUGUGUACACAGCUGCAUCAACCUCCCUGGCUCUUACCGCUGCACCUGUCCCCCGGGGUACCUGCUCAAUCCUGACCAGAACACCUGUGAAGACGUGGACGAGUGCUCCGAUCACCAGCACAACUGCAGUCGAGGGGAGCUGUGCGUCAACGUCUUCGGGGGGUUCCAGUGCGUGCGGCCCGAGUGCCCCCGGCCCCGCCACGACACCAGCUACAUGAAGACGUCGGCCUUCCAGUGUGAGAGAAAUCCGUGCCCCGUGGGCAGCAGAUCCUGCCGCCAGUCUGCCAACUCCAUCUCCUUCCACUACCUCCCGCUCCAGUCCAACCGCACUGUGCCCCGGGUCCUCUUCAAGAUGUCCACCACCCGCUUUCUGGGCGACAGUCUGCGCUUCGCCAUCGCCGGGGGCCGGGGCCUCGCGGCCUUCACCGUGCAGCGCUCUGACCGCCACACGGGUGAGCUGGUCAUGACCAGCCCGGUCCCGGGCCCGGCCACCCUGGAAGUCGAGCUGGAGAUGAGUGAGCUGUCCCGCAAGGUCUUGCUGGGAAAACAUAUCUUCAGGAUCACCGUCUUUGUCUCCCCCUAUGAAUUCUAGCCCAUCUGCCCCUCCGCGUCCGUCUCCCCUCCCUCCCGCUGGACUCUCCAGGGCAGACGCGGGGAGACUCCGCGUGGCCACUGGCUACCCCCGCUCCUGCUUUCUGUACUCCACCACAGAUCUGCUCCAUCCCCGGGCCACCAGCUCAGAGCAUGGCUGGGGAGAGGGGAAGGAGGGUGGGAAACAAAAAGAGCUCUGCACCAGGCAAUAUAGGGAUCGUCUGAGCGUCUGCUUUCUCCCCUCCAGCCUCUCUGUGGGCAAUGCAGUCAGCUAGUCAACGAGGCACUAUUUGUACCCUCGACUUCAUCAUAAGAUGGUGAAAUGUGCCGACUGUCGGGCCAACUGCUGACCUUAACUUUCAGAGAAAGAAGGGGUAUGUGCCCCCCUUUGUGAAUGGGAGGGAGAACUUCAGUAUGGAAGAGACACCCCUAUGCAUGGAGUUUGGCCCAGGUAUUUCAGGGGGUUUCCAAGCCUUCAAGAGUAUACCCUGCCCCUCCACACACCCAGGAUCCCCAGGAGAAGGGGAGACCAGGGGAGGGUCCCUGUAGCCUCAGCAGGCAGCCAGAUCCACUGUUGUCAGAGAGGAGGGAAUAUAAGUGGGAAAGUGUGGGGAAGACCUCAGAACCGGUUGCCAUGGGACUGGACCAAAGUGGCCAGUGCUACCCUUUCUCACUGACCAUAGUGCUCCCACAAGCUGCUCUCAGCCCCACACUCUCCAGUGCCCUUUGCACCCCCAACAUCCCACUCUCCCUCCUCCUGGGACCACCCCCCACCCCCAAACCCCAUGCUUUAUCCCCUUGUUUCGCCCACCUAGUCUCUCCACUCCAGAGGAAGCUGCCGCGGGAAAAGGAGGCACCCAUGGGCUUUCUCCUCCCUGGCCCCCAUCCUGGACUCGGGGUCCCGGCAACACAGUCCACGCUGGAGACCCCGAGCCCACCCAGCGCCCCAAAUGGGAUCACCAGAACCACCCAGGGACGCGACUCUCUCUCGUUCUCUGUUGUCCAUUGCCUGGACCCGGGCACUUCCAUUUCCUGGCCUCCAAAGAAGUUGGGUUGGGCAAAGGGACAUACUCCUGGCUCCAGAGCUUAGUACAGUGCUCUGCACCCUGUAAGAGCUUAAUAAAUAUUAUUACUGCUCCUGCUACUACCAGCUCAGGAGGCAACACCGUCUCUCCCCGGUCGAGUGGUGGAAGCAGGGGAGAUGACGAUUCCCCUCAAUAAAGUCGCUCUGCACCCACAA